GUUUUCUUUCGCUCUCGUCCACCUAGAACUAGACGGGAGUGAUGAAGGUGCCAGCCUUCUCUACCGCUAGUAGUCUACUCUUACUCUCUUUCGCAUCAUGUUCCUUUGCUGUGAAGUCUCAGGACUUCAAAACGUGCUCGCAAGCUGGAUUCUGUCGACGCGGGCGCGCCUUGGCCGAUCGGGCAACAGCUAAUGGCGAUGCAUGGCGUUCACCUUACUCGAUAGACCCCGCUUCAGUGUCUAUUUCUACAUCGGACGCAACCUUCACUGCAGACAUCAAGUCUUCGCUUUACCCAAACAUACAGUUCGGCCUUGACGUGCGGGUGUUGGAUGAUGGUGUCGUCAGGGUGCGGAUGGACGAGGUCAAUGGACUCCGACAACGAUACAACGAAGCAGGACAAUGGGCACUCGUUGCGGAACCACCAGUCAGCCGGGAUAUCAAGUGGACUGUGGGGAAGGAGGGUGUGCGAGCAGUCUACGGGAAGAAGCAGGAUAUGGAGGUCAUUGUUCAGUAUGAACCAUUGCUCGUGGUCUUGCGCAGGAAUGGGAAGGACCAGGUGGUUGUGAACGGACGAGGUCUGUUGCACAUGGAGCACUUUAGAACAAAGGAGGCAGAGAAGCCAGUCGUGGCUUCAGAGGACGGAUCGGACGAGCAGGAGGUCAUGCAAGUCAAGCCGACGGCGUGGUUUGAGGGCGAUGCCGAGGAUGCUUACUGGGAGGAGACCUUUUCUUCGUGGACGGAUUCGAAGCCAAAGGGCCCCGAGUCGCUCUCCGUCGACAUCACCUUCCCCAAUCAUGGUCACGUGUAUGGCAUCCCGCAACAUGCAACAUCACUCUCUCUUCCAACGACUAGGGGCGAAAAUGCAUUCUUUACCGACCCAUAUCGCCUGUAUAAUGCCGAUGUAUUUGAGCAUCUCGCAUCGUCGACCAUGUCUCUCUACGGCUCCAUUCCGGUUAUGCAUGCGCAAUCGGCGGAGUCGACGGUUGGCGUUUUUCAUCUGGUCGCAUCCGAGACGUGGAUUGAUAUUGCCCAUCCUACGGACAAGUCGACUGAGACACACUGGAUAUCUGAGUCGGGCAUCCUUGACCUGUUCAUUCUGCCUGGACCUACGCCGGCUGACAUCUUUGCUCAAUACACCCGUCUUACGGGUACCACACCCCUCCCUGCCGAAUGGGCACUAGCAUAUCAUCAGUCUAGGUGGAACUAUAUCAGUUCGGAUGAUGUUCGGGCUGUGCAGAAGAGGUUUGACGAAGAAGAUAUGCCGGUAGACGUGUUCUGGCUCGACAUUGAAUAUGCAGAGGAACACAAGUACUUCAUCUGGGAUCAGAAGGGUUUCCCUGAUCCGGUCGACAUGACCAACGAUGUUGCCGCUGUCGGACGCAAGAUGGUUGUGAUUAUAGACCCUCACUUGAAGCGUACUGACAACUAUCCCGUCUAUAAAGGGGCUCAAGAGAUCGAUGUUCUUGUCAAAACCAAAGAUUUGAACGAGUACGAAGGCUGGUGCUGGACCGGCAGUAGCUCCUGGGUUGAUUUCUUCAACCCUGAUAGCGGGCCCUGGUGGCACUCGCUGUUUAAGAUCACGAAAGGGGAAAAAUGGUCCUGGACUGAAAGUACGGAGGAUGUCUAUAUCUGGAAUGAUAUGAAUGAGCCCGCUGUGUUCAACGGGCCUGAAAUCUCCAUGCCAAGGGACAACAUCCACCAUGGUGGCUGGGAGCAUCGUGAUCUCCACAACAUCAAUGGCAUGCUUCUUCCCAAAGCUACUAGUGAAGGUUUGAUAGCCCGAUCGGACCCACCCAAGCGACCUUUCGUGCUCGCCCGCUCGUUCUAUGCUGGAUCUCAGCGAUAUGGUGCCAUGUGGACAGGUGAUAACCUCGGGACAUGGGAGCAUAUGGAAGUAGGACUCAAAACGGUCCUCGCUAACAGCAUAGCAGGGUUCUCUUUUGGCGGCACUGAUGUUGGUGGUUUCUUUGGCAAUCCUUCCAUGGAGAUGCUUGUCAGGUGGUACCACUUUGGGGCCUUUUCACCUUUCUUCCGUGCCCAUGCCCAUAUUGAUACGAAGAGACGAGAACCAUUUUUGCACGAUGAGCCCUACAAGGGGAUGCUCCGGGAUAUCCUCCGCCUCAGGUACUCUAUGUUGCCGAUUUGGUACACUACGUUCCACGAAUCAAGCAGAACAGGUCUGCCAGUCUUGAGGCCUCAAUAUGUCAUGUUCCCACAAGAUGCUGCAGGCUUCGCCAUCGAUGACCAGUACUACUUGGGAGGUUCGGGUUUACUCGUCAAACCUGUCACCCGAGCCGGCGUUACCGAAGAGUCGGUUUACCUCUCUGAUAACCAGGUAUACUACGACUAUUUCUCGCAACGUGCUUAUCGAGGUGCGGCGGCGGGGAAGACCAUCACGGUCCCGGCGGCGCUCCAUCAGGUGCCCUUACUGAUCCGUGGCGGCUCCAUCUUGCCUACGCGCGAACGUCCAAGGAGGUCCUCUCCCUUGAUGAGAAAGGAUCCCUUUACACUCCGCGUCGCGCUGGACAACCAGUUCGGCGCACGGGGCGAGCUUUAUCUCGACGACGGUAUCACCUUUGCCAACGAACAGGGCAACUACGUGUGGAGGGAGUUUGUUGCGGAGAAGGGCAAGGGAAAGACGGUGCGCAUCUCCAGUCGUGACAAGGCGGCAGCGCAGGGCGCGCUGGUGUCGUAUAAUCCCAAGAAUGAGUACGCGAAGAGCAUCGAUGGCGUACGCGUGGAAAAGAUCGUUGUCCUUGGACUCGUGGGAAAGCCGACCAGCGUCACGCUUGGGAACGGCAAGGUGCUAGAGUGGGAGUUUGUACCCGGAAUAGCUGCGGCGGAGACAAAGGAGGGCGAGGCAAGCGUGUUGGCGAUUAAAGAUCCCAGGGUGAACGUGGUUGAAGAUUGGGAGAUCGUUGUCAAAAUAUGAGAUACCGCACUGGAAUUUUAUAAUAUUCUAU